AUGCCUGCCUUUCACACUGGAUUAAUGUUCGCCGCUGUGGCUGCUGUCGCCUCAGCGGCUCCUACCACCGACAACAUGUCUGCCGCCUCUUCAAAUAUACUGGCUAAGCGUGCCGUCUGUUCAUAUACGGGUACCAUCAACCCCACUACUGUUGCCUCUGAUGCGCCUGGCUGCUCCUCCAUUACUUUCAAUGGAAUCACCGUCCCUAAGGGUCAGUCGCUCGAUCUCUCUAAGCUCACUAAGGGCACAACGGUCACUUUCCAGGGUCACAACACUUGGCUCGCCCAGAUUGGCUUCGAUGACUCCCUCCUCAAGAUCGGUGGUACCGACAUCAUCGUUACUGGCGCGGCCGGCGCUCGCCUCGACGGUCAAGGUGCUCAAUACUGGGACGGCCUAGGCAGCAACGGUCCUACACCCAAGCCUAAGUUCCUAGCUGCUCACAACUUGCUGGGCACUUCAGCCAUCAACAACCUCUAUCUGUUGGACACACCCGUGCAGGCUGUUAGCAUCAACGGCUGCAAUGGCCUUAAGGUCAAUAAGAUGACCAUUGACAACAAGAGCGGAAACAGCUUGCCUGCGAACAAGAUGCCUCACAACACUGAUGGCUUUGACAUUGGUGCUAGCUCUAACAUUGUUAUCGACGGCGCUAUUGUCGACAACCAGGAUGACUGUGUUGCCAUCAACUCUGGAACCGGCAUUACUUUCCAGAACGGACAGUGCAACGGUGGUCACGGCUUGUCUGUCGGAUCGGUCGGCCACGGAUCUAGCACUGCCUCUAACACAGUCAGCAAUGUGCAAUUCCUCAACAACAAGAUCAACAACUCCUCCAAUGGUAUUCGAGUCAAGUCGUUUGUUGAUGGUAAGGGAUCCAUUGACAAGGUUACCUACAAGGGCAUCACGCUCAGCGGUAUCACCAAAUAUGGUAUCCUUAUUGAGCAGAACUACAACGGUGGUGAUCUCCCCAAGGGCGUUGCCCCUGGCACCGGCGUUCCCAUUACUGGUCUUACUAUCGAGAACAUCAUUGGUGGUAACGGUGUUGUCGCUAGCGGAACUAAUGUUGCUAUUGAGUGCGCCAACUGCAGCGGCUGGACCUGGAAUACAGUCAACGUGACCGGUGGCAAGAAGUUCUCCUGCGUUGGUACUCCCAGCGCUGUCCCUGCUGGCACUUGCGCUUGA